AUGAGAAAGUCAGUAUUCUUUAAUUGGGCCAAUACUCUAAUUGGGCCCUCUGUACUUGAGAUGCCUACAAUCUAAAUGGGGUCGUAUACGAAGAGAGGCAUGCCGUUCGUUAUUUAUAUAAUACGCUGUUCAGAUGAAGAUCCCCUGCCAUGAUCUCGGGAUCUUCGAGUGAAGGGAACGGAGAUAUACUGACGUUCUUGUUUGCAUCUGAACUAGUUCCAGGGCUUCUUCCUUUCUCGAACUCCACACUGUUAUGAACUGCAGGGUUGGUCUGAGAGAUGAUUACCCUUGUGACACCAUCAACGAGAUGACUACAAUGGUGGCCGCAAAGUUGGUCUGAGAGCUCGCGGCGAAAAUUGCCAAUUGAAGCCCCACCCACUAUUAGCUUUUGCUACGGUCUUUACUAUCCCGAGGCAAGUUUUUACCCAUGAGUGAGAGAAAGAGAAAGAGGGAGAGAGAGAGCGAGAGAGAGAGAGAGAGAGAGAGAGAGAGAGAGAGAGAGAGAGAGAGAGAGAGAGAGAGAGAGAGAGAGAAGGAGAGAUAAAAUCCAUAUGUCCUAGGGACUUAUCCCUAAUUAACCAUAGUUUGAGAGGUUUUGAUAUUCGAGAGAUAUUCUUAUAUCAAUGAGAGGAUGUGUCGUCAACUAAUAUCCUUAAAGGCUCCCCCUUCUUCUAGUCAUCAGCUUGAGUAGAACCCUACGAUGGCUACAGCUUUGGGGUGAGAGGAGAGCAUGUGGGAGUUGUUUGAACGAAAGGAGCAAUCUCCUCAUUAGUACUUGGAUAGUACUAGAAUCAUGUGUUUGGCCUCUGUUGUGCUUUGUGGGGAUGCCUCCACCUUUAUGAGAGUUCCACGAGAAUUGAACCAAACUGGUUUUGGUUCAAACAUGUACUAGGGUUGUAGUGUAAAUAUCAUACUAAAAAAAGCAUCUUAUCUUUCUUGUUAGAGAUUCGGGUCUUAUUUCUCAACAUGGAAUAAAGACUGAAGGUUUAAUCUAAUUGUUGCUAAAUCUCUAUUGUCUUAAGAUGUCUCUAUCGAAAGAUGCUCCAAUCCACACAAAGAAGAUGACUAGUUGGUGUAUUCUUCUUAUUUACUUCAAAUAUCUUUACUUCUUGACCAUCACAAUUAGUUUUCUUCUUAGUCAUUGAGCAUCAUUUUCUGAUGUUGUGACAUGAAUGGCUAGUUGGUCCAUUUUUCUUCCUUAAUCUUGUGCAUUUGAGGUGAGGAAUAGCUUGGAGAUAUUAACUAAAAAGUAAAUCAUUUAGAAUUGAUUCAAUCAAUUAUAUUUGAAAACUAUCAUGAGUUUGUAUUGAUUUAAAUAUGUUUGAGACAACUUCUGUCCCUAGAUUCACUUAUUUCCAAAUAUUUGAGUGAACCCAAUCAUAUAGGGAGUUGCAAGCCAUCAAACAUUCAUGUAGAUUAGAUGAAUUUUUUUUCUUAAUUUGGUCUUAGUUGAUUAUAACCAUACUAAAAGGGAGAUGACAAAUCAGUCAUCUCCUCAGCACAUGGCAUAGACUAGAGAUCCUCACUUGGAGAUAUGGGAUAAGGAGUAUUCUAAAAUCAUGAUGUGGUUAUGGAGUCUUAUGAUACUAAAAAUCAAUAAUGAUCAUCUGUUCUUAAUGAGAACCAAUGAAAUCUGGUUAAUGUCUAUCAAACUUAUUCAAGAGCUUGUGACACAACAUAAGCAUAUGACCCAAUAUUGUUGAAGUCUCAACAUGAUACCUAAAGUAUUUAGCUUUCAUUAUGAUGUGUAAGUUGAGAAAAUCCUUAGAGGGGCUCAUGCAAUCACUUCAGACUUGAUUUGAGGUUUACAAAAACUAUGACCGCAAUAUAUUACAAACAAAGUUAAUAUCACACAUUAUUUUUUAAACAUUCAUCUUCAAGGAAACUUAUAGGUAUGAUUAUUAUAUAUUGAUUAUAUAAUUAAUAUUUUUUUUCAAGGGAAAUAAUUUAAAUUCAAAUAUUAUAAAGCUUGAAAUAUUUUCUUGGAAUCAAAGUAGUUCACUCAAUAAAGCAUAUUUUCUUAAUCAAAAAAUAUAUUACAUAACUUUUUAAGGAAAUGGGCAAAACCAUGUGUAGAUAGGAAGAUGUAUCAAUAAUUGGUUAGAAGAUAAAUUAUUUAUCUUAUCAUAACAAGAUAUAAGAUAUGCAAUAAGUAAUGUUAGUAUGUUUAAAUACAAUUCUAAGUACACGUGCAUAUAACUUGUUGAGUGCUACAUUAUCCUAAAGGUAUUUCAUUAGAGAGGAAUCUAUGAUUAAUACUUGGUAUAUUUAUUGAUGGUAAUUAGGAGGAAUACAUAAUAAAUAGGAGUUUUACUUCAUUAUAUUACAUCUUUCCUUAUUGAAAACCUUAUAUCAUGGCAAAGAAAGAAGCAUAAAAGUACAUGUAAAUUUUUCUUUGAUUUAGUGAAGAGAGAAUAAUGAGAGUUGUUGAUAGCAGCACUUACCAUCUUAAUCAACAACAUGUAGCAUUAAGAAGGAUUAUAAAUCAUUUUAUCUCAUUAUUUAAAUUCAGUGAAGAGAGGAGAACUGUUGGCAAUAAUAAUUAUCAUAUUUUUAAGUGACAUGUUGAGAAAUAGGUUUGUCUACAAUGUUAGUUGGUGAUAUAAACCUACAAUAAUAAUAAUAAUUUUUUUUGGAAAUGACAUCUUAUUUCUUUAUCAAUGACAUAUUGAGCAGUAGAUUUAUUGGAAAUAUUAGGUGUUACGACUUUUUUGCUUCUUUCCCUAAAUUUGGUAAAUAAAUAAUAAUGUGUGACCUAUUGAUAGUGACACUUACUAUUUGUGUCAACAACAUGUUCACCAAUAGGUUUGUUAACAUAAUGUUUAAGUCCAUUGAAAACAUUUUCAUCUCCAUUUAGAUCUUUGGUCUAGAUGAUGCAAUAUCUAGUUCUAUUGCCAACAAUUUUGAAAGAGAGAAUAAAUUUCUAAAUAUCGACCUUCAUCACCAAUGUGUAUGUUGAUUUUAUUUUCUCUACUAUCUAAGAUGAACUUUUCUAAUGUUUAUCUUAAGGGGAGUAUUGAAUUUUUAAAUUGUGAUUUUAUUUUGGGGGGUAAUAUAUACAAACUUGAGAAUAUAUUGAAAAAUUCUAUGUAGGGUUCACAUCAUAUAUAAUGGGUGAUAAAUAGUAAUGAUAAGUGAUGUGGUUUCUUGCUCCUCCUAUCAGUCCUCUAAGAGAAAGGAAAAUUCCUUCUUCCUCUCUUUGGUGUUUAUUUUAGAUAGUGAAAUACUCUAUUAAUUGCAUGUAAGUACACAUAUUUUUUAGUGUGUAUGAAUUAACUAAUUACACUCACUAGAUAUGUUAUAUCUAGCUACAUAUUACAUAUUAGAUAGAUAAGUUAGUCUUUUGACCAAAUGUUGAUACAUCUCCUUGUGAAUAGUAAUAUCUUCAUAUGUGCCAUAUGUUUGGAGUUUGUAUCUAUUUCAAUACUUGUUGUUUUUUUUACAAUAUUGUCUAUAUCUUUGAGAAGAUCAAUAAUAUAUUUAAUGUGAGAUAAGGAUACAUUUCAUUGAGUGGGCUACUUUGAUUCCAAGUAUUGCAACAUUCUCAAUAUUUUAUGUCAAUUUUUUUUAUAGUAAAUCAUUCCAGCUCAGCCCAAGAAAGCGCUAGCAACAACAGAAAGGAAGGGGUGCAACGUUUUCCUAGAAGUACUUGAGAAGGACCACCUUAUACCAUCCUUAAAUCCAGCAAACCUCAGAAACAAGAAGUCCUUCACUCUAAAUCUGGGGCCAAAGGGCACUGGGUAUUAUAUGGGAGAAUGGGAUGAUAAAGACUAA